AUGAUUGAAAAAAUAGAAGAGUUUGUCUGUUCAAUGAAUCACAAUCUCCCAAUUUAAUUGGUUAUUUGUGAUAAAAAUAUUGAAAAGAAUAAAAGACUUUUAUGCAAUAAAUGUAUGGAUAGUGCAUAAGAUCAACUAAAUAAUGUAAUGAGUUUUAAACAGGUUGUAUCUUAAAUACAAGAGAAUUAGAAGAGGAAGCAAGAACAAGUGAAUUACUUUAUAAUGAUGAAUAUCUAAUAAAUCCAAGAACUUGAGAUUACAUUAGAUCAAUUUAAAUCCUAUAUCAUUUAAUUAUUAGAUGAAUAGAUAUCGAGGACAAAGAUAUGGGUUAAUUGUUUAUAAUAAAUUGAAUAAUAAUAACUCAAAUAUAGUUUCUUUGAAUAAUUGGAUAAUCUAAUUAAUUAAGUGAAAAUUGGAGAAUUUGAUGAAAAACUUUUAUUAAAUCAAAUUAACACUACAAAUGAGUCAUAUAUUCAAAAGUUAAUUAACAAGUUGAAUGAAUUUAAACCAUCUGAAUUGGCAAAGAAGUGCUCAUAAUUAUUUACUAAUAUCAAAAGCAUUAACUAAAAAACUUAUUUAACGAAGUAAAUUAAUUUCAUUCAAGAUUAAUAAAAAAUAGAUCAUGCUGUUAGAAAAUAAUCUGAAAUUUAAUUUAAGUUGAUUGAUGAUUAAAAAAAAUAGACUUAAGUUUGUUGGGCAAUAGCAUUUAAUAGUACUGGAUCAAUUAUGAUAUCUACUGAUGGUUAUGAUAUAAUAGUUUGGAAUUUUACAGAAGGAAUGUUACAGUUAUAGUAUCGAUUUAAGGUUCAUUAAGAUUUUGUUUAAUGUUUAGUAUAUAGUAAAAAAUUGAAUAGCUUUAUUUCCGGUUCUUGGGAUAAGUCAAUCAUCUCCUGGAAAUAAGUUAAUAAGAAUGAUUGGUAGUGGUCAUAAUCAUAUUAACAACAUAAAGAUUGGAUUUCACAUUUAUUAUUAAAUCAUUAAGAGGAUCAACUAAUUUCAUGUAGUAGAGAUAAAUCAAUAAAAAUUUGGAAUGUAGACUUUAUAAAUAACAAACUAACUUUUCUAUAUUCAUUAUGGAAUAAUGAUGUCAUCUUUUCAUUAAGUUUGAAUUAAUCUGAGACUAUUCUCGUAUCUUGUGAAAAAUAUCAUUUUUUAAUCUGGAGAAAAGGAAUAGAUGGGAAAUGGAAAUUCAAAUGUAAAUAAUAAGUUACUGAAGGAUACAAAAUAUAAUUUAUUAAUGAACAAUAAUUUCUUUGGGUAACAAAAGGUGAAAAUAUCGAUUAAAUUUUGAUUUUUGAAUUGUAGAAUGGAGACUUCAAAUAGAAUUAUAACAAAACCAUUCAUUUGAAUAAAAACUAAACAUGUGAAGAUAAUUUUAGAAACUUCCCAAUUAGAUAAAAUAAAAUUAAAAAUAUCAUUUUGGUUAGACAUAAACAUCACAUCUAUCUUAUUAGCAAAGCAAGUGAAGGCGACUUUAAGAUUAUCGGAUCAUUAAAUUGUGAAAUCGAUCAAAUUUAUGGGACGAUGACAGAAAAUGCAUAAUAUUUAGUAUUUUGGGAUGUGAAAUAAUAGAAAUAUUUAUCAUAUGAGUUAUUAUAAAAAUGA